AUGGCCAGGACAGACAAAACAUUGCAUUGUUGGACGAUCGAGCGCUCCCUGAAGGAUAUUAGAAAAACCAGGCAGCUACACAGGCAGGCCCCAUGGUUUUCUGCUUCCCCCCUUGUGUAUCUCCCUAAGGCUCAGUUGUUCUCACAGCUCUCGGAGUUGGCUGGACUGCGGACCCUCAGCUCCUGCAGGGGUCAGCACGGGCCCCCGACUGCGGGCUGGGGCCGGGGCGGCCGCGGAGGGCGGGUUAGGAAGGGUGACCCUGGCGACCCCAAACGCCCGCGCCCGCCUCGCUCGCCGCCCCACUGCCCGCGGAGCGCGCCCAGCCCUGCGCCCUUAGUGGCCUCCAUCGGCCACCAAAUGGUGGCUCUGCAGACCCUGCAGCUGCUGCAGCAGGAGUGGGGUGCGGGGGACGGUCCGGGCGCCCCCGGGAGACCCCGCCACCCGGGCCACGUGGCCGUCGCCCCCGCGCAUCGCGCAGGCCCGACGCGGGCCUGGCCGGAGCCCAGGCGCGAGCUGGGGGGCGUGGGGAGCAGGUCUGGGGGCGUCCCCAAGGGGGAGGUGGCGCGAGGCGCCGAGGGGGUCACGGGGCGGCUGCCUUUCCCCCGGGACCGCGGGCCCUGCACCCUGGCCGGGACGGCGGUGCGCAGCGCGCUGGCCCGCGUGGCGGACUCGACCUCCGAGCUGGUCAGCGUGGAGCAGACGCUGCUGGGCCCCCUCCAGCAGGAGCGCCCCUUCCCCAUCCACCUGAAGGACAGUGUUGAGUUUAGAAACAUCUGCAGUCAUUUAGCUCUACAGAUUGAAGGCCAACAAUUCGACAGAGACUUGAAUGCCGCUCACCAGUGUUUGAAGACAAUAGUCAAGAAGCUGAUCCAGUCACUUGCCAAUCUCUCCUCAGAUGUACACAUGGUGGCCUGUGCUUCUUUGAGACAGAUCUUACAGAAUCUCCCAGACAUCUGAAUGUUAAAGACACAGCACAACUGCCAGGAGAACUGUGUACCUUACUUUCCUAAUUAACUCUGCAGACAGUGGAUGUUUUUAUGAGCAGUGUGGAAAGACGUGAGAGCACAGGGAGCUCUCUAACUGGGGGCAUCCAUACCCACCAAAAUUAUAGCAUGUUUGUGAAAUUUUUUAAAGCAUCAGUUUACAUUUUUAAAAAUGUUGACACCAUUUGCUGACUUUUUGAUGGAAAUAUAUUCCACUUUGUGGAACCAAUUGGAUUAUAUGUGUAUAUGUUAAUUCAUGUUAGGUAUUAGUUUUGAUGGGAUGAUACCUUAAUCUAUAUUCAUAUUAAUGUAAGCCUAUAAGGUUUAAUAUGGUUAUUUAUAUGAUUAAAGCUCUAUUGUUCUUAAAAUCAUCUUGAAUAAAUGGGAUAUUUGAUAGUUGAUAUGUUCUACUUAUUGACUAUUUUCAUUUUACGUGAUGAGAAUGAUCUUUAGAUCUUUUGGGAUCAUGUGUCAAUAAUUACAAGUUCCAUUCCUAGCAAUAUGACUUACUAUUAGGUAGGAAGGAGAAGGGUUGUUUCUAAACUUUGUGCUUUCGUAUACUGAUUUCUAAAUAUAAAAUGGUAAGGAGAUAUGGAGUACCAAGGAUAUAUGAUAUGUAAAUGAAAAUACAGUAUUAUAAAAGUCUGAUGAGAAACAUUUCAUUCUUCUUGCUGUUUCUAAGUAUUGCAAUCGAAAUAUGAAAUUCCUGUGAGAAUGAAAAAGAAUUUCCCUGAACUUUUCUAGCUGGGAAAAGAGAGGGUGGUUUUCAAUAUUUUUUUUUUGUUACACUGAUCUGCAUGUAUUUUUGAGAAACUAAACUCCCUUUUAUUCAGUGAUGACUGUUAAGAACAAAAAUAAAUUGAAGUAACUGCUUUUCCCUUUUAAAAGAAAUGACACCAGAUUUAGAAAAAAAAAAAAGUAUAAUUGUAUACAUAGAGCUUGCUAUUUAAAACGGUUUCCAACUGAGUCUGUGUGGUAAGAGAAUAUCUACUAUUAGAAAACAAGUGUUAAGACAAAUCAAAGCCUUUUAAAUCCCAGAUAUGCUUUCUGCUCUGAAAAUGAAGAGAAAUUGUUUAUUACUUAAUUCUACUGUUCUAAAUAUUUUCUUCCAGAAUCGAAGGAUGAAAUAGAAAUGUGUUGCUUCUCUUACAAUGUAACUGAGUCUUUCCAUAGAAAAGAAUUCAGUUUAUGAGACUGAAUCCUAAAUGAAAGAGAGAAGAAAUGAAAGCUGUGUGUACAUGGGGUGAGGCAGAAAGGAGGGAACAAUGCUUGGCAUUUAGUCUUCUCACACCUAGGAAACAUGAUCUGCUAUUACUUUAUUUCAUGAGACCUUUCUUCCCCAGGGAACUUAUCCCAAAUCCUUCUGUAAAGCUCUACCAUUAUUUAUAGAUUGCCUUCUCCAUUGUAAU